AUGCUAAGCUCCCCCCUCCAGCUCUGCUCUCCCGCCGAUUCCAGCCCGAGUCACCGUGCCUUUCUCUCGGGCCCCUCUCCUCCCACGCACGCCCUCGCGUUCGUGCCGGCGAGACUCGUGUCUCUCUCCAUCUCGCCGUGCUCGUCUCUCGCUGCCGCUGCUUCUCUGGCGACGGUUCCCAUGCUUCUCCCCUUCCUUGCUGCCGACGAUCUCCGGGCGAGCGCCUGUCUCCGCCGCCUUCUCUUCCCCGCUGCUGCCGGGCGAGAGGCGAGCGGAACCCGCUGCUCACCCUCCUUUCCCAUUGCGCUUGCGGGCCUGACGUCCGUGCCUCCCCGCCGCGCCCUUCUUGCCGCUGGCCGCGCCUCUCUGAUGAGCUGGGCCCCUCCUCGCGUCCUUCUUCCCGCCGCCAGUGGUGGCUGGCUGCGCGUGGCUCGCCCUCCCAUCCUCCCUUAUGCAUCAGCUGCCUGUCCGGCGAUCGUUCGCCGUCUUCGCCCCGGCCCCCUUGAGCCUGGCGCCAGUCGAGUGCGCGGGGGUCAACAGAAGGCCGCUCCCGGCGCCGCGAUCCUUCCCCUGACGCGCGCGGUCCCUCUUCCUCCCUUUUGCCGCGUUCUCCUUGCGUCCCCACAGCGCCGGCAUGCACGCCCCAGUCCCGCCGCUCCUGCUGACGUGACCUCUCCGCCCUUCGCGGCGAGCGCUCCAGAGAUCACCCGCGCUCGCGUGACGGCUCACCUCGUGCUCGUUCCUCCUCCCGGCGACUAA